UGGAAGAAAAGCGAAGCUUUCGAGCGAGCGAAGCAUCCUCUCCCUCCUCUUCCCACCGAAAAAAAAGGCAAGCAAAAAAUCGAAGCGGCACGCAGCGCAACGCGUCCUCGACGCGACGCCUCCAGAUCCAGCGCCACAUCGAUGGGCUGCCGCGGGGGGAGGGCGCAGUAGCAGCGGUGCGCGAGGGUGGCGGAGGAGGAAGAGGAGGGGCGGAUCUGGGUAGGGGGGCAAAUCUGGCAGGCGCCACGGUGGGGCUGCGGGCGCGGGGGAAGGCGGGAGGCUGGGCGGACGGCGCAGAGGGCGGGGACGAAGGGGAGGACUGCAGGCUCAGGCCUUGGCGGCGGAGGCUGCUCGCGUCCAUGGCGCUCUCGUGGCCCUCGGCCGUCCGCCUCGCCGUCGCCGCCGUCCUGCUCGUCGCGGUCGGCGUCGCGCUCUUCACGCUCCCCGUUGAGAAGAUUUUAAAGGACUUUCUGGUUUGGAUCAAGGAGAACUUGGGUCCAUGGGGUCCUUUGGUGUUGGCCCUUGCUUACAUCCCUCUGACAGUAUUAGCCGUUCCAGCAUCAAUUCUUACACUUGGAGGGGGCUAUCUAUUUGGCCUUCCUGUUGGGUUUGUUGCUGAUUCCAUUGGAGCAACAAUUGGUGCAACUGCUGCAUUUCUGCUUGGUAGAACGAUCGGGAGGCCUUAUGUACUCUCAAAAUGCAAAGAUUACCCCAAGUUUCAAGCAGUAGCUAUUGCCAUCCAAAGGUCUGGCUUCAAGAUUGUGUUGCUACUAAGAUUUGUACCUUUACUUCCGUUCAACAUGUUGAACUACUUGUUGUCUGUCACUCCUGUUGGCAUUGGUGAAUACAUGCUGGCUUCUUGGCUGGGAAUGAUGCCAAUCACACUCGCUUUGGUAUAUGUUGGAACAACACUAAAAGAUCUAUCAGAUGUGACACAUGGGUGGAGUGAGAUCUCAACUACUCGAUGGAUUCUGAUAAUAUCUGGCUUCAUAAUGUCUGUUGUCUUGAUUUUGUGCGUGACAAGAGUUGCAAAAUCAUCUCUGGAUAAGGCAUUGGCUGAGAAUGGAGAGGUCGAUGUAGGAACUUCACAGCUUCCUGUAGUAGCCUCUCCCUCGGAUCUACAACAACCUCUUGUAAUCAAGAUUGACACAUCAAAUGAAGAUCACGAGAAGUAAAAGUGUUGUUUACAACUUCAGAUGUACAUUCUUUGGCUGUUGAAUCUGUAGCACUAUAUACCCAUAGCUCUGGUUUGAGGCUUAUUGAGGCGGUGAAGGGGUAAAAAGCAACCCAAAAAAAGUGAGGGGAAAGGGGGAUGUGAGUUUGACUGAUAGAUAAUACUAAUACACUAUACACUUUGUUUCAAUCCACGUGCUACCUUAUCUUUGAUGAAAAGACAAAUGUAGUACAAGUUUCGAGCUUCA